UACAUUGAUAAAAAUAAUCUCUCUCACAAUUAGUAGAAAUUGUGUGAAAGCAAAAUGAAGCAUAUAUGGCAGUCCAGCGCAGUUCAGUUAAUAGUUGUUAUAACGUUAAAUCAAAUACAAUGCCAACACUUUAACUACAUCGACAUUAAAAUUUACAAAAGCAACAGAACAAUUUUAGUAUCAUUUGCCGAUGAGAUAAAUCAUGAAACUGAAGCAACUGAAAUUUCAAUUGAAGGUCAAAAUCUCACGACUCUAAAAGAAGGAACUUUCAACGAUCUCUUGCAACUGAAAAUACUCAAAAUUCAAGACUGUGGUUUAGAAGACAUUCAAGACGGUACAUUUAACAAUCUUCCAAAUCUACAAGUGCUCAACUUGAACCAUAAUGUUUUGAGAACCAUACAUAGAGAUACAUUCAAAGAUCUAAGUAUUACAAGGCUAUACUUAGCUUGUAAUGCAAUUGAAUCAUUUGAGAAAGAUGCUUUCCAUGAUAUAAAAUAUUUAGAAGUUCUUGAUUUAAGUCAAAACAGACUUAAAAAUCUUCACUCUCACAUGUUCAAAGGUACAACAUUUUUAAGGCAAGUAAAUUUUAGUUUCAACAAAUUAGAAAGAAUACCUCAUGAAUGUUUUUUACAUGGAUUUGUCAAUAUUAUAACUGGACAAGACUCAUACAUUGAUUUAAGUGAUAACCUACUCACCUACUUAAAUGAGAAAUCUCUGGAAGGCAUUUACAAUAUCAAAAACUUAUAUCUACAAAAUAACGUUUUGGAGCAAAUAAACUCCAAUGUUUUUGAUGCAAUAAGUUACAUUGAAGACGUUAAUUUCGAAAAUAACAAUCUCACUACUCUAAGCAACAGCAUUCUUAACCAUUUGAAAUCAACGAAGUAUGUUAGGUUAUCAGGAAAUCCCUGGAAUUGUAAUUUUGUUAAGAAAUUUGAUCAGUGGUGUAAAAAUAACAAUAAAACCAAUACCCUUGAGUACUAUGUGAUAGAUGAAUGUAAUAGUUCAUAAAUAAACUUACAGUUUUUCUAUAA